AUGGCGACCGAGAUCUGCACCUCGGAUUGGGAUCUGCACCUGCCGCUGGGGAAACUCUUUGGCCUCUCAGGAAGAAAACGACCAAUCAGGUCAGAUGCAAGCCUUAUGAACAGCAAACUCGGGUUCGAUCUUCUCCUAGAGAUUCUGAUUCGCCUCCCCAAUCCUAGAUCCGCUUGCCACUGCAAACUCGUCUGCCAGCUGUGGAGGUCCGUCAUCUCCCAUACCUCCUUCAAUCGCCGUUACGUUUCUCACCGCCAGACUAUGAGCCCCGACGAUCUCAAAUCGAUGAUCCUCAGCUUUCUCCCUCCCAUGGAGAGCGAAGUUGGGGACGCUUUGAAAGUUUUGGAUUGCAACAGAGACUUGGUUUUAUGCGGGUUUUGGGUUGAACAUAGAUUGGUCGACGGCGGGGAACGCAGCAGAUCCUACUUGGUCUGCAAUCCGUUUACGAAGCAGUGGGCUGCUCUUCCUCUGGCACCGAAGAAGUUGGUGUUGCAUCUUGCUCCGGUGACAAGGUUAGUGUUGGAACCCCAACAACCUGUUUCUCGGUUCCGGGUGGUGUGUAUGUAUCAACAGGUCGACCCAAUACUAUCUAUCAAACUCGAUGUGUUUUGUUCCGAGUCUGGAGAAUGGAUCAAGGAUGCUCUUGUCCGCGACGAUCAUAUCAAACGUACAGAAUUGAUUUCGUGGAAUGGGGAGUUGUUUUGGAUGUACUUAGUUGACCAUCGGUUUGCUCUUCAACCCGUGCUGGCGGUGUUCGAUCCUUUCCGACUCGACGUGCCUCCCACUUCCGUUGAUGUUCCAUCUUCAUUCCUCGCGCAAUCGCAGUGGAUUAUUGCCCUCUCUCAAGAUGCGCUGCACGCAAUUGCACGGCAAAGAGAAGACCUGCCUUUCCGUUUGAGCGUCUGGAGGCUGGAAGAGGACCGCAAGUCUUGGAAGAAACAAUGCGAGGGGCUGGUGAACAAGGCGUCGAAGUGUUGUGGUAACUGUAGAGCUAAGUUCAUCAACCAACCUUUCAUGCAUCCACAGAAGCCGGAAAUCGUCUUCUUCAACUGUGCCAGCAGCAUCAAUGAAGAUAACAACAACGCUGUGUUGUUCUGUGAUUUGACAAGCGGGGAGGUAGAUUUCGUAGCUAAACUAGCAGCAGGAGGAGGGUUACCUGACUUUUUGGAGUUCCAGCCAAGGGUUUCUAGCUGGGAUACUCCAAUUCCAAAGUUGGACAAGGACAGCUUCGGCUUUCUGUUUAAUAGUAGUAGUGAUCCAACAAAGCCCUGCCUCAGAUUCAGAGAUGCGGCAUUCGCUCCAGCCAAGAGUCUCUUGUUGACGGACAAUAAAUCCAAGGCACGAAGGGUUGCCAGGCGUGUAGUUUCCGGGCGUGUGCUGCGUAAGCAACAGGUUUUGGGUUCAAAACAGCAGUAA